AUGGAGCCGGGCCGCCCCGGCCGGCAGCGGGCCCCCGAUUGCAUCCGACGACAGAAACGCCGGGAGCUGGACGCCCGCCGCAGCAAGUGCCGCAUCCGCAUCGGGGGGCACCUGGAGCGCUGGUGUCGCCUCAAGGAGCAGCUCGGCUUCGCCCUGCACUCCCAGUUGGCCCAGUUCCUCCUCGACAGGUACAGCUCCCACGGCUGCGUCUGGAGCCCAGGCGAGCCGGAGCCCAGCCUUCUCCACGCCGAUGCCCUGCAGCGCCUGGUCGUCCUGUCCCACGGUCAUGGCCAGGAGUGCGGUUUCGUCCCCGACGUGAAGCCCCCGGCCCCAGGCAGCACGUCCCAGCUGGUGUGGGAGUGCAUGGCCGGGCACAGCUUCUCCUGGGGUGUCCCCGGGACAGCGGGGGACCGUACCCCCACCACCGGUCACCGUGGAGAGGAGCAACAGGGGGACUCGGGGUGCAGCUCCCCACCGGCCACCGGCCGCCGGCGCUCGCUCCGGCGAGCAGGGCUGGCCACCGAAUCCGGCUCUGGGAAGGGCGAAGCUGAACCGGAGGGAGCAGCUCGGUCGCCCGUCGGUGAUGGGGACCAGAGGGAAGAGCCAGGAGCUGGUAGCGAUGAUGGCAACGCAGCUCCCCAAGUGCCGACGGAGACCGGGACCAUGGCAAAAGAUGAGGGGAGCGUGCCCAUCCCGGAGGAGAAAGCGGAGCAGGGGGCUGAGCCCCAAGAAGAGGAAGAAGAGGAGGACGAGGACUUUGCCGAGGACGAUGACCUCACCUACGCCGAUGAUCUGCGCGAUGAGAACUACCACCCAUCUCUGGACAGCGACUCUGAGCCACAGCGACGACAAAGCCAGCCCAAAGCCCGUAAGAAACCCGUAAAGGAGGAGCAGCCCCCGAACGAGCCGAGCCUGACCAGCUCCAGCCCAUCGGAGGAGAAGGUUGGACGAGUCAGCUGCAAGAGGCGAGCGCGGCCGUGCGACGAGGACGUGGCCCAGAUCGGCCCGAAGAGGAUCAGGAAGGCGGCAAAGCGUGAGAUCCUCCUGUGCGACUUCGAAGGCUGCGGCAAGAUCUUCUCCAACCGCCAGUACCUGAACCACCACAAGAAGUACCAGCACGUCCACCAGAAGACCUUCACCUGCUCGGAGCCCAGCUGCGGCAAGUCCUUCAACUUCAAGAAGCACCUCAAGGAGCACGAGAAGCUGCACAGCGACAAGCGGGACUAUAUCUGCGAGUUCUGCGCCCGAUCCUUUCGUACCAGCAGCAACUUGAUCAUCCACAGGCGCAUCCACACAGGGGAGAAGCCCCUGCAGUGCGAGAUCUGCGGCUUCACCUGCCGCCAGAAAGCCUCCCUGAACUGGCACAUGAAGAAACACGACGCCGACUCCUUCUACCAGUUCUCCUGCGACAUCUGCGGCAAGAAGUUCGAGAAGAAAGACAACGUCACUGCCCACAAAAGCAAAAGUCACCCCGAAGUGCCCGGCGGACCCCCCCAGGCUGCUCCUUCUCCUCCAGGAAGCCCCGGAGCUCCUUGCACUCGGCCACAAUCUUCUGCCUCUCCACUUCUGUCUGCUUCUGCAAAACCCAGAGGGGGAACCCACCUUUCACAUCUCAGCCCCGCCACGAGCCGGGGAGACCGGCCGAGGCACCCCGACAUCUGCCUGAACCCCACCGAGAUGGAGGGGCCAGCCACCUCCAGGCUGCUCCUUAAGUUUAUUAACGGCUUAUUACUAGAAACCAUCGUGCCCGCCCUCAUUUAA